UCGCCAAAGUCUAAUAUCGUAUUCUCAAUGUCUGGCAAACCAGAAACUCGAUAUGAAGACCUCUUCGCCAAGGAACGUGCUCGUGCACGGGAGGACUUUGAGCGGCAAAAGGAAAAGCUCAUCAACGAAACUGAAAAGGCCCGCCCCUCAACGGCGCGUUUCGUCGGGCAAAAUGAUUCCAUGGAGGACUCCCUCAAGAAGACGACUAUCGGUCUCGUAAAGCUUGAGGACUAUCAGAAGAAACGCCUCGAGCUUGAAGAAGAGAAGGCGCGUGCCGCUGCGCAGACAGACGAGCUCAAGGAUGAACAGAAGAAGACGAAGAAACGGAAACGAGCACCUAAAGCUGUAUUAUCGUUCGCAGUGGAUGACGAGGAGGGCAAUGCUGAUGGCACGUCGGGAACAAGUACGCCGAACGGCGAUAGUACGGAGACGACCCUUAAGAAUGGUGGCAAGAAAGCAAAACUUGGGAAGAAUCCAAACGUUGAUACCUCGUUUCUUCCCGACCGAGAGAGAGAAGAGCAGGAGAGGCGAGAGCGGGAAGAACUGCGUAAGGAGUGGCUCCGGAGGCAGGUCGAGCUGAAGAAGGAAGAUAUUGAAAUCACGUAUUCUUACUGGGAUGGUAGCGGGCACCGAAAGUCUGUCACUUGCAAGAAAGGCGACAGCAUCAGCACUUUCCUGGAGAAGUGUCGUCAGCAGUUCCCGGAGCUCCGUGGCGUCAGUGUCGACAAUCUCAUGUAUGUCAAGGAGGACCUGAUCAUACCUCACCAUCAUACAUUCUAUGACUUUAUCGUCAACAAGGCUCGCGGAAAAUCUGGGCCACUCUUCAAUUUCGACGUGCAUGACGACGUACGACUGCUGGCUGAUGCGACCGUGGAGAAGGACGAAUCGCAUGCAGGCAAGGUUGUCGAGCGGAGUUGGUACCAGCGAAACAAGCAUAUUUUCCCGGCGUCCAGGUGGGAGGUGUUUGAUCCAGAGAAGAACUAUGGAAAGUAUACUAUUGCGUAGAGUUUGUAGAUACGUCUUUGUUAUCGUGUUUAAUAUCUGUCUUGGGUUGGAGAUGAU